AUGGAAGUCGAAGGAAGCCUUGCCGGGCGCGAGUUAGUUUCGCUGCCGCAAAGUCUUUUCUCCCGGAUUGCGAUAAAAUCGUUGGAUCUCUCCAGGAACCAAAUCCAUGAAGUCCCAAUUGAGCUCAGCCACUUGCUCAAUCUGAAGACUCUCAACUUGUCAAAGAACAAGUUGGAUGAUAAAUCCUUCCCGCCUGUUUUGGAGAAUCUUGUCUUUCUUGAAGAACUCAAUUUGGCCGGGAAUAAUCUUACUGAAAUUCCCAGCUUUGUGCUUCAUCUUCCAAGACUAAAGGUACUGAAGCUGGCUGAAAACAAAAUCACAUACAUCCCUUCCGCACUCUCAAAAGUCACCACCCUAGAACGACUCUACCUCGGCGACAAUCAACUUUCUUCAAUCCCUCCCAAGAUCUCCGACUUGACAAAUUUGCGACUUCUCUCGCUCGCCAAUAAUAAAAUCACCAACGUCCCGGAGACAAUGAAAGAUAUGGAGAAUUUAAUAUGCCUCCAGUUACAUAACAAUCGCAUCAACUUUUUGCCACGAGGAAUUGUCGAUUUACAGAAUCUUGAGGACAUAUCUCUUCGAGGAAACCCGUUGAUCAACCGUUUUGUCCGAGAGAUCACUUACUCCCCACCUUCCCUUCUCGAGCUUGCCGGACGAUCAGUGAUACACCAUCAACUCGACUUUUCAAAGCUUCCCGUAGUUCUGAAACAACGCCUCUCCCAUGCCAAGUGCUGCCCGAAUCCAAACUGCGAUGGAGUCUAUUUUGAUGACCUCUAUCGACAGAUAAAAUUUGCUGAUUUCUGUGGUCGAUAUCGAAUGCCCUUGCUUCAAUUUUUAUGCUCGCCGCAGUGCAUGAUGCCGGAAACUGACGACUCGAGUGCUUCUACCGACGACGAAAGCUAUAAUCCACGAACAAUGAGAAGGGUUCUUCUUGGAUAG